AUGGAUUACCACUUCACAACCACUUCGAAUUACUACGACCAAUGCGAGUUCUUGGACUUUGGCGCAACGUGUGACGACUCCUCGGACGACGACGCAAGCGCUUAUUUUCCUACGUUCCACCUCUGUCCGCAGUCGACGUCGUUUGAGACAAAAUACGACGAGUGUGCCGCGACUAACGACGCAAUGAUCAAAAAGCAAAAGGACUUCAUCGCGUGGACAAAAAAGCUCGAGCGUGAGACAUCGACGCAUAAAAUGUAUGUCUGUGGGCGUAACUCCGUUGUAUAUACAAAAAAGUGGUUAGAAGAUUUUGGGAAGAAGACCAGUACAAUGCGUUUUGAGGAUAUCAACACCGUCAUCUUCCAAAAAUGUUUGAUAGGUGGUGACGUCGUCAUAAUCGAAGUCGCUUCGAUCCUUGAUGUGACAGACAACAUUGAUGUGUUUAAAGGAAUCAAAGGAAACAACAUCGUCGUGUGUUGUAAUGACAUCAAAAAUUGUCAAAGGAAUAAAGGAAUGGAGUUCAAUGCUGUGUUUAAGCGCAUCACGUUAAAGGGGUGA